UUUCGUGUUUGUCAGUUGUUAAGCGCGACUGUACAGGUAUUUGUGCAGUCUGUUAAUAUGGCGGAAGCGACUCUUUCAGUGUCUCAGGAUCAGUUCAUCUGUUCAAUUUGUCUGGAUUUACUGAAGGAUCCAGUGACCAUUCCCUGUGGACACAGUUACUGUAUGAGCUGUAUUACAAACUGCUGGAAUCAAGAUGAUCAGAAGAGAAACUACAGCUGCCCUCAGUGCAGACAGACCUUCAAUACAAGACCUGAUUUAUAUAAAAAUGUGGUGUUUGCUCAGAUGGUGGAGAUGCUGAAGAAGACAAAACUUCAGACUGAUCGAUCUGCUCUCAGUUCUGCUGGACCUGAAGAUGUGGAGUGUGACGUCUGUACUGAGAGAAAAUACAAAGCUGUCAAGUCCUGUCUGGUGUGUCUUGAAUCUUACUGUCAAACUCACUUUGAAAGACAUGAAGAUUUUCACCCCAGUAAGCGGCACAAAUUAACUGAUGCCACUAGAAGACUUCAGGAGAUGAUCUGCUCUCAACAUGACAAACUCAUCGAGGUUUACUGUCGCACUGAUCAGAGAUGUAUUUGUUAUCUGUGUGCGAUGGAUGAACAUAAAAAUCACGACACUGUAUCAGCUGCAGCAGAGAGAACUGAGAAACAGAGAUUACUGGAGGACAAGCAGAGAAAACUCCAUCAGAGAAUCCAGGAGAAAGAGAAGAAGCUUCAGGAUCUAAGAGAGGCUGUGAAGAUUCACACGAUCUCUGCACAGACAGCAGUGGACGACACUGAGAGGAUCUUUACUCAACUGAUCCGAUCCAUUGAGAGAAGACGAUCUGAGGUGAUACAACUGAUCAGAGAUCAGGAAAAGACUGCAGUGAGUCGAGCUGAAGAUCUCUUGAAGAAACUGAAGCAGGAGAUUGAUGAUCUGAGGAGGAGAAAUGAUGAGAUGGAGAAACUUUCACAAACAAAAGAUCACAUCAGUUUCCUUCAGAGUUUUCAGUCUCUCUCUUCAUCUCCUGGAUCUUCAGACAACAUCACUGUCUCUUCUCUUCUCUCUUUUGAUGAUGUGAUGAAAUCUGUCACUAAACUGAAAGAAAAGAUGGAGGAUUUCUGUAAAGAAGAGAUUGAUAAGAUAUCUGAGAAAGUUUCAUUCACUGUAGUUAUUCCCACCAAUGAACCUAAGAUCAGAGAGGAGUUCCUGCAGUAUUUCAGGCUCUUCUCUCUGGAUCCAAACACAGCACACAGACGUAUCUGUCUAUCUGAGGAGAACAGAGCAGCUACUCGCACUAGGACAUUUCAGCAGUAUCCUGAUCAUCCAGACAGAUUUGAUGGUUGUCCUCAGGUGUUGUGUAGUGAGAGUUUGAGUGGACGCUGUUACUGGGAGGUUGAAUGGAGUGGGAAUCUUGGUGUGUAUAUAUCAGUGUCAUAUAAGAGCAUCAGCAGGAAGGGAGGAGGUCAUGAGUGUGGAUUUGGAUAUAAUGAUCAGUCCUGGACUUUGUUCUGGUCUCCCUCUGAAUGUUCAUUCUAUCACAAUAAUAUAUACACAAAUCUCCCUGUAGAGUUCAGUUCUUCUAGAAUAGGAGUUUAUGUGAAUCACAGUUCAGGAUCUCUGUCCUUCUACAGCGUCUCUGACACAAUGACCCUCAUCCACAGAGUCAACACCACAUUCACUAAACCUCUCUAUCCUGGGUUUAGGUUAUAUCAGAGCUCAUACGUGAAACUUUGUCAUCUAACAAUAUAAAUGAUACAUGCUUAGAUAGUAUGCACAAGUGUCAUCUAAACCAAUUUAUAUAAGUUGACCAAUCCAAAGGCAAAAACUAAAUUAAAACCGAUACAUGUUAAAAUAUAGCUGCGAUACCGGGGUCAAGCCAAAAAGGGCACAGAAUAACUAAAUGAUUUUAAAUCUAAGUUUUCAGUAGAUUAAGGCAAAAAUAGCCGUUUAUCAAACUUGUGACCACUAGGUGGCGCUGUGACAAAACUUUGCAUGCACCCUCAGGUCAUGAUUGUGAAGAUACAGCCUCUUAUCCCUCUUUUGUGCUCUACGUAAAAAUUGUUGACGCGGUAUACGGAAACUAAAUGGCAAAUCACACAAAUUCCAUAACUUUGAGUGUCUCUAGAUGCUACACAUUGAUUUUUACACAAAUCAGACAAAAGGUCUAGGACAAGUUCGAAGAAGUAGGUUUUACAAACAAUUCAAAACAUUUGACGGAAAAUAACAAAUCGGAAUGAGCCAAGGAAUCAGAAGAAACAAGAAUUUCCACGACUUACGGGUCAGAAGUUAAAAGAAAAAAACGUGCAAGUUUGGACUGUUGUUGGCGCUAGGGGGUUUGAUAUAACGUUAGAGACUCCAAAUUUGGUCUGUCCUCUAUCUCUGUGCCAAAAUAAAGCUAAGCAGGGCUGAGCCUGGUCAGUACUUGAAUGGGAGACCACCUGGGAAAACCAGGUUGCUGCUGGUAGAGGUGUUAGUGAGACCAGUAGGGGGUGCUCACCCUGUGGUCUGUGUGGGUCCUAACACCCCAGUAUAGUGAUGGGGACACUAUACUGUCAAAAAAAAUGGCACCGUCCUUUGGAUGAGACGUUAAACCGAGGAUGUCCUUCGAAAAAGAGUAGGGGUGUGCCCCGGCAUCCUGGCCAAACUUACCCAUUGGCCUACUAAACAUCCCCUCAUAUAGUAAUUGGCUAUAUCACUCUAUCUCCUCUCCACUAAUAAUGGUGUGUGGUGGGCCUUCUGGCGCAAUAUGGCUGCCGUCGCAUCAUCCAGGUGGAUGCUGCACAUUGGUGGUGGUUGAGGAGAUUCCCCCGUUCACAUGUAAAGCGCUUUGAGUACUGAGAAAAGCGCUAUAUAAAUGUAAGGAAUUAUUAUUAUUAUUAUAUAUAUUGUCUAAAUCAUUUCAUUUUUUUGAAAUGGCUUUAAGAUUUUUCUGUCUGACACAUUAAAAGCUAAAUCUUUGUAUAAUCAAAUGUUUUUUUGAUUUAGUUUUAGCAAUGUUUAUGUCUGUAUGAGUAACUGAUAAAUACAAUUACUGUUCAUGAGGAGUACAAAUACUGUAAUAUUAUAACACAGUUCUUCAGUUUCUGUGUUUCAAUUAUAAAUGUAUUAUAACUUUAAGUUUAUGAUUAAAUAGUUGACUGUACAUUUUUAGAAUUUUGUUUGUUAUGUGUUUUAUUGUUCAAAUAAAUCCCUGCA